GGGCUCGUCGCCGUCGCCGGGCUCGGUCGCCCGUGCCCCUUCUCUUAGGCGGCCGCCCGGCGGUCCUGCGGCUUUCCCACGCGCCGCUGCGGGCCGCGGGCCGCGGGCCGGGGUCAUGUCCCGAAAGCAGGUGGCGAGAAGCCGGCCCGGCAGCGGCAGCCGGAAAGCCGAGGCCGAGCGCAAGCGGGACGAGCGAGCUGCGCGCCGGGCCCUGGCCAAGGAGCGGCGGAACCGGCCGGAGCCCGGCGGCGGCGGCGGCUGCGAGGAGGAGUUCGUCAGCUUCGCCAACCAGCUGCAGGCCCUGGGGCUGAAGCUGCGGGAGGUGCCGGGGGACGGCAAUUGCCUAUUCAGAGCCCUUGGUGAUCAGUUGGAGGGACACUCACGAAAUCAUCUCAAGCACCGACAGGAGACUGUGGACUAUAUGAUAAAGCAGCGGGAAGAUUUUGAACCCUUUGUGGAAGAUGACAUUCCUUUCGAGAAGCAUGUGGCCAGUUUGGCAAAGCCUGGUACUUUUGCUGGCAAUGAUGCAAUUGUAGCCUUUGCAAGAAAUCAUCAGUUGAAUGUGGUGAUUCAUCAACUAAAUGCCCCCCUGUGGCAGAUUCGGGGUACAGACAAAAGCAGUGUGCGGGAGUUGCACAUUGCCUAUCGGUACGGAGAACACUAUGACAGCGUUCGGAGGAUCAAUGACAACUCGGAGGCACCAGCACAUCUCCAGACUGAUUUUCAGAUGCUUCAUGAAGAUGAGUCAAAUAAAAGAGAAAAGACCAAGACAAAGGGAGUUGACUUUGAGGACGACCUGAGAGAUGAAGUAGAAGAUGCCGUCCAGAAAGUUUGCAAUGCAACUGGAUGUUCAGAUUUUGACUUAAUAGUCCAGAACCUGGAAGCUGAAAAUUAUAAUAUUGAAUCUGCAAUAAUUGCCAUGCUUCAGAUGAACCAGGGAAAAAGAAACAAUGCAGAGGAGAGCCUUGAGCCUGGUGACCAAGCGCCGAAGCAGUGUGGCCCUUUAUGGGAGGAGGGUGGCAGUGGUGCCAGAAUCUUUGGAAAUCAGGGUUUAAAUGAAGAUAGGACUGAAAACAACAAAGCCCGGACCAGCCCUAGUGAAGAAAACAAAGCAAACAAAAACCAGCUCCCAAAGGUCACAAACAAACAACGCAGGGAACAGCAACGGCUGGAGAAGAAGAAGCGACAGGAGGAGAGGCAUCGUCACAAAGCCCUGCAGAACAGGAGUGGCCACAGGGACAACAACAGGAGUGAAGCAGAUGUGAACACACAGGUCACUUUGGUGAAGACCUUCGCUGCUCUGAACAUCUGACUCUGCCUCUUAGGAGCUGUAGGAAGCAGAAGGACCAUGGAGCGCCGCACACAGGCCUUCCAAGGAGGCAACCAACAAAGCCUGUUUGGUCACAYGCUGAAUUAGUUUCCUUCAAGCUGCCUCUUUUGUUCAAAGUUCUGUCAGUGCUGUGUUUUGUUUUAUAAAGGUGCAGUGAAGCCAUUCAUAUUCUGUAAUACACACUUAAAAUACUGAGUUUUAAGAGUGGAUAGUUAGGUCAGGAAAAACCUUUGUGGCUUUAUUUGCCCUGAAAAAAAGAGUUCAGUGACCCUGGGAUCUUCCUUUAUUACUUAGGGUAAGUUUUGCUGUGAUUGUUCAUGAAGUAGUUUAACUGUUAGAAAUUCAGAAUAACAGAUUUCCUUAGUUUCUCUUUCAUUUUCAAACAGAUAUCAACAUGUAGAGUGGUUUAUAAAUGAUCUCCAACUCAGGAACAUAUUUAGAUUGAAUUUUUUCCCUAUCUGAUUUACUCAACAAUUCAGAAAGUGUUUUCCCAGAGUAAUGUGAUACAAGGAGGUGGCCUACAGAGUCAGGGGGUGGGGGGACUGCACAGCUCACCUCUCCUUCCUGACUGACGUCAUUGCAGAUGGCAGGUGCUAUGGGCCCAUUUGUGGUCAGCCAUAGUGUGGGUACCUGCUUGGUGGAGAGUGAGGCCUCAGCUUUCCUGGGAGAUCAGUCGUGUUGUUGAGUCUUGGUGUUUGUUUUUUUAACAGUUGGGAAGAUGGUGUGUUACUGCUGUGAGAGAGUUCUGCAGUUCAGAUCAUCCAUAGUCAUAGAGCAGAUGCCAUAGUUGUAGAACAAUCAGGAAACUCCUAGGUUUCUGUCUAGGAAGAAUCUAAAGAAUGAUUUGCUUCUAUAGCAGAAGUUUGGAUGAAUAUCUAAGGUUUUUUUUAUGUUCACUGUUUGAACAACUAUUUUUUCCCUAGUAUUAUAGACUUAGAAAGAUGCCUUUAGAGAAAAAAAUGAUAACUUGACCUUAUAGGUUGCAAAAUUUUCUUAGUAUUGUGGCAAUGAAAUUCCAUAAAAUAUGGCGUUUAUUUUUUGUUACUUAAGCCCAGUGUGGGAUUUGAAUGGGGCAGCAUUAGUUGUGCCURUAGGGUAAACCAGCAAGGUGGAGUGCUUCUCUGGGCUCAGACCUUCAAGUGACUCACAGUUCUGAAACAUUCCAUCAGGGGACAGAUCCCAUUCCCAGAACUGGGCUAGGUGGAUGAGAACUCUAAAAUGGUCAUGUGUGAGGCGGGUGGGAGUCUUUGCCUUCUGGGAGCCUAGUACAUGGGCAAAUAAUAUAUGCUGAGUCAAAAAGUCAAUUCUUUGUUGUCGGCUGCAACCCUCAGAUCUCAAAAUUAUGAGAACCUAGAGGCAGAGUGGAAACCGUAAGUAGUUUUAAAGUGUGAGAACUGUCACUAUCAGAGUGGACCCUGGCCCUGUGGAAUUGUCCCUGUCAGUAGGCUUUUUGCUUUCUUAGUUUCAUUGAUGCCUUUUAAUUUUUGUUUGUUUGAUUUGGGGACUUUUUGUAGUUGGAAUAUCUACAAUAUCAUCGGAAGUCUCUUGGAGUUGCUCCCAGGACAUUGUGGUUUGGGCUUCUUCCUGGGUUCAGUACAUUGCAAUAUUGUGCAGAUUUAAAGACUGUACAGCACCUUUUCUUUGCUCAUCACAGUCCUGAGUUUAAGACUCCCGAGUACUGGCACUCAGUUCCAACUAGGAAGGCUCUCUGUUGCCUUUUCUUAGGGGGUGGGAUCUGGUGUUUGAGGACAAAUUGUUCUCUUGGCUUUCACCUCUGGGCAGAUUCCUGGCUGGCUGAGCUUUUCUGAAAGAACAUUCUUUCCUAUCUGCUCUGUACUGUGUGAGUGCAGAGACCAGAUUCUCUCAAAAGGAUCAGCUUUAUCAGAAGCUCAGAAUUAAAGUAGAAAAAUACCUGUGGGUGACCGUUGUUGUGAUUAGUUGGAUUGCUUCAUUGACUUGGUUAAUGAAGGUGGCCUUGGRCCCUACAGAGUUUUAGAGGCUGCUGAAUGUUUUAUUAAAGAAUAUUAGGAAUAUUUGUUUAUAARUUACCUAAUUCUGAUAAUAGGCUUCAGCAGUUCUGGAGCACAAUAGCAGUGGUUUUAAAAACUAAUCAAAUGACUUUAGUAAUUUUCUUUUGUUACCAUUGUACAGCUUUUCAGUUAUAAUUGGUCUGUGCUUAGUGUGUUAAUUAUUGGAAAUGGGGGUAUGGCACCCAGCUUCAAAGGUAUCUUCUAGCUGAAGGUUGGAAUUUAGACCACUGCCUUGGUCUCCUUGGAGUGAGAAGUGGAUAGAAUCCUCAGGCUUAGUUGCCUUGUUGGGCACUCGAUCGUUACUUCAUUGGCAGCCAGAGUGGAGGCCAUACGUUCAGUCUUGAGGUGAUGAUUGUCAGCAAUCCAACUAAUGACAGCAACUGUGCUGGUCAACCCAGCACAGUUAUGGAACUCAGUACUGGGGACUGAAUCUGUCUCAACCUCUGGGGUGCAACUCAGCUGGUAAAGAUUAUACUACACAAGGUUAGGUCUCAGUAGCCUGUGGAGGGCCAGGAGAAGAGGGUAGAGCAGCAUUUCAUAGCUGCUUUCUGGCCUUAUAGACUGUAUAUAAAGGUUUUAUGGAUUUUUUUAAAAACAUCAAAAUAAGAAAAAAAAAUUUAUUACAACAGCUUUUAACUAGGGAGUUAGAUGUAUUAAAACAACAUAGACCACAGCUUAUAAAUAAUAUAAUUGUUACUGGGAGACAUUAGAAAGAUAGAAUGUAUAUGUAUAUUUAAUUUUUCAAUAAUAAGAAUAUACACCUUCAGGAGUAAAGCAUGGUUGAGGAAUUGUGGCAGAAAGAAGAAUCUUAAAUGUUAGUUGAAGUCAUUUAUAGUUUGUUUGUUUGUUUUUUAAAUAAGCUCUGAAGACAUUUCCAAUUUCAUUUUGAUGGAGAGGACUGUGCAAUGUGUGUCUCCCUUAAUGGGCAGUUGGAGCUGGGCUCAGAGUGAACUUCAUGUAGGUCAUAGUGCCCUGCUCUGCUUCCCUGGGGAGCUUGACAAUGUGACCUAUGAUGGCGGGCUGGGGAGGAGGGCCAUGUAAAGGUGGGGAGAGAGAGAGAGUUGCUCACAUGUCAUGUGGUCAUUUCAGAUGGACUUUGGUAGUGGAUCACACUUGUAGUGAGUCCCUGUAGUCAAUGUGCAGUUUCUUGCAUUGUGAGAAACUCUUUAGAGUGUGCCCGGGUUUUACUGGGUCAACAUGGAACACCCUUGAGUUUACCUCUGUGAAAUGUUCAACCCAAAUAUUCAGUUGAUGGGAGGAAACUUGAAUCCCUAGUCAGAACUGACUAAAAGUCACCCUGACUGGAGAGAAGGCUCUUUGUGGCAGGAAGAGAGUGGAGCUUCUUGAUUGAGUGUGUCACCUCCGUGCCCUCCCUGACUCCCAUGUCACGUAGACACAUAGCUCUUCACCUCUUUACCUCAAGUCUGUAUCGCACCUGUAGAUGCAGGGUCAGAUGCAGCAUUCCUGCCAUUGUCAUUACUCACGGUUUUGCUCAUCUCCGCUUGCACGUCAGGUGUGCUGAAACAGCUUUCUGGCAGUUGUUCAGAGCUGACUUAAUAAUGGCACUUUUUACAAAGAUGUGUUUCCCUAACUGUGAAGCAGAUUUUGUUUUCCCACUGACAUCCUUGAAUUGAAGAUCUAGAUGCAUGCACUUAAGUUUUAAUAAAUCUGCCACUACAUGUUAGAAAAAGUCAAACUGAUCAUUUCUCACAAGUGGAGAUGAUACUAAACCUCUGUGGCCCGGUGUGUGGACAGUGUGUGAACAGUGUGUGACUUGCUGUCCACGGAGGCUGGACCACAGGAAAGAGCUGUGCCUUGUGGAUGGCCUGACCCUCUUCUGUCCCAGGUAAAACAUGCUCUCAAAACCUCAGGCUCUUAAUGAUUUCUUCCAAGUGAUUUUUUCUAGAAUCUCUGUUUAACCCUCCUCAUUAUGACUACUUUGUAGCUCAAGUGAAGUGUUGAAUAUCUUCUCAGAGUUACCCAGGGAGGGGCUGGUGCCAAUGUGCAGCAUGAUUUCCAUGAGCACACCUGUGAUCCACAGUGCUUCUGCUCGCUGUGCCGGUUGUCACARAAGGUCCUGAUCACUGGAGGAAACCCUUGGGGUCUGGCUCUGAUCCUUUGCAUGUUAUCUAGCAGGUCCCUGUUGCCAGCCGUCCAUGACAAUYAUUGGCGCGUAGUCACAGACCUUUGUUCGUGGUUUGAUUCCCUGGCAAGUCUUUCGACUGAAACUUGAGCCGUACUGGUGUCUUUCCAUUCUUGGGGCUUGUUUUCCAUGGUGGCUACCAUUCCAGCAUCUUUCACUAGCACUAAGCUCAGAGAAAGGGGGAAGAGAGCCAGGAGCUAGACUCAGCACCCACGUGUUCCCCUUCCUGGUGUCAGAGUGCUGGUGUGCGUCAGACCCCUAGGACUGAGGGCAAGGAGUCUGUGGGGAUGGGCCUUCUCUUUUUCCUAAUUGCACUAUACUUGUUCUAGCUUCGGUCUGGAGAUACUUAAGACCUCCAUGGGGUCAUAAUCCAUAGACUUAGCAAGUCUGCCUUAUCUCUGGAGCUCGGGGGUGAGAAAUGUGACCACUAUCGAUGUCCAUAGUUCAUUUCCCCUAGGCCUUUUCUUUUCACAGAUUGUGUUCAUCUGAACCAUUUUAUUUUUUAUUUACCAAAGUACUGUACUUGGCUAUUUGCAGUGUUUUCAAAACCAAAUGUUUCCUUUUUUGUUUUUAAUCUUUACUACUUGGUGCAAUAGAAGCUGCAAAGAUGUGCCACUUAUCUAUGAAAUGGAGUUUUGUAUACCAAUAAAUUCUAGUUUAAA